GGUGUCUGGGGCCAGUUAUGUUUGAGAUGCCCAGUGACCAUCCAAGUGAAGGUACCAUGAAUAAAGUGCUUGGUACCUAGCGGUUGCUCAAUAAGUAUUUGAUGAAUGAAAGAGGAAGGAAUAUGCGAAGUGCCUGGAUAAGAAUAAUGGGUGGUCCACGUGUCAGGUAAGGAAGGAGAGUCUCCUGGCUUUGAAGGAACUGUGUCCUCCACCUGGUUUGCUUUCUCCCACCCAUCCUCCUCGUGGUGCCUAUUCAUCUGCCAGUACUGUUUUUGAGCGGCUUACUACGGGCCCUGCUUCAGGGCAUUCUCCCAUUUUUCUUUAAAAAAGCCCCCAGCAGGUAUUCACGCCACAGCUCUUUAUUGAGCAUCAUCUAUGCAGUAUCCUCGCCUUCAGGGAACCCAGCAGAGGUGAAAGGACUAGCCUCACGUGAAGCCGCAAUUGGCUCGUGCCUGCCUCGGGGGCGCGCAGAGCCGGAGAUCGAAGGAGGUGGGGCUUGGGGAGGUUCCGAGGGCUUACUGGGCCGGUAGAGGGCGGGGCAGGACGUUGCUAGGGGGAUUCUGUUAGGUCCUCCGGGGAAGGUUAGGCGCAGUGAGGCCCCGCCCCUCUGGAACGCCGGAAGCGAAUCAGGUGACUGCGGUGGUGGCUGGUUCCGGAGACCGAAGCAGGCGGCUUGGAAGGGCUUCCAGAGCCCAACAUAUAGAGCUGGUAAAAGCAGAGCAGGUCUGGUCAGGUCCCGAGACGCUGAGUCCAGAGCGAUGUUGCUGAAGACAGUGCUCUUGCUGGCCUUGGUGGCCCAGGUGCUGGUUCUGGAGAACGGGCUCCUGCGGAAGCCACCCAUGGGCUGGCUGGCCUGGGAACGCUUCCGCUGCAACACUGACUGUAACGAGGACCCAAAGAACUGCAUCAGUGAGCGGCUCUUCAUGGAGAUGGCUGACCGGCUGGCACAGGAUGGAUGGCGGGACCUGGGCUACGAAUACCUUAACAUCGAUGACUGCUGGAUUGGUGGACGUGAUGCCAAAGGCAACCUGGUGCCUGAUCCCAAGCGCUUCCCCAACGGCAUGGCCUUCCUGGCUGACUACGCUCAUUCCCUGGGCCUGAAACUGGGCAUCUACGCGGACAUGGGCAACUUCACCUGCAUGGGUUACCCAGGCACCACGCUAGACAAGGUGGUCCAGGAUGCUCAAACCUUCGCGAAGUGGAAGGUGGACAUGCUGAAGCUGGAUGGCUGCUUCUCAACCCCCGAGGAACGGGCCGAGGGGUACCCCAAGAUGGCUGCUGCCCUGAACGCCACAGGCCGCCCCAUCGCCUUCUCCUGCAGUUGGCCAGCCUACGAAGGGGGCCUCCCCCCAAAGGUGAACUACACUCUGCUGGCGGACAUCUGCAACCUCUGGCGCAACUAUGACGACAUCCAGGACUCCUGGAGCAGCGUGCUCUCCAUCCUGGACUGGUUUGUGACCCACCAGGACAUUCUGCAGCCGGUGGCAGGCCCUGGGCACUGGAAUGACCCAGACAUGUUGCUCAUUGGGAACUUUGGCCUCAGCUUCGAGCAAGCCCGGGCCCAGAUGGCCCUGUGGACGGUGCUGGCGGCCCCCCUCUUCAUGUCCACGGACCUGCGUACCAUCUCCGCCCAGAACAUGGACAUUCUGCAGAAUCCACUCAUGAUCAAAAUCAACCAGGAUCCCUUAGGCAUCCAAGGACGCAGGAUUCUCAAGGAGAAAUCCCACAUUGAAGUGUACGUGCGGCCCCUGGCCAGUGAGGCCAGUGCUAUAGUCUUUUUCAGCCGCAGGACAGAUAUGCCGUAUCCCUACCGGACCUCCCUCGCCCGGCUGAACUUCACCAGCUCCAAGGUGUAUGAGUGCUGUCCUCCCCCCUGCAGGCCCAGAACGUCUACACGGGUGACAUCAUCAGUGGCCUCCGGGAUAAAACCAACUUCACAUUGAUCAUCAACCCUUCCGGGGUGGUGAUGUGGUACCUGUAUCCUAUCAGGAAGCUGGGGACGCCCCAGCAGUGAGGAGCUGGGACGUGUGACAGGCUGUGGCAGCACCACUGAGCCCAGACCACGGAGGUUCCACGUGCUGAGGGCCAGUAGGUGGGGUCGUCUUCUACCCGUCAGACCCGAAGUGCAAUCUCAGGGCCGGGUUCUACGCCCUGCACAAGUGUGAAGUCUCUUGGAAACUUGUCUUGGGGAGACUUCCUGUGGCCUCUCUGGCCUCUACCUCAUCUGUUCAGCCCCAUGGAUGUUGCUGAACAACUCGGCCAGCCUCCUCAGCCCCCAUAGGCAGAGGCACCGAUACUUGUCAGGAUUCUAGCCUCUGACCUUCUUUUUACUGACUCUGAAAUCAGGAUUUGGAAUUUUCUUAAAAUUAGGAGUGGAGCUCUGACCUCUUGUCGGGAAGUCCCAUGAAUUAUUAUGUGAUCAACUUUCCUGCCCGGAGAAGGCCUUACAGGCUGACACUGCCUGGGAGUGACCUUGGUUCCUUCGGGUCACCAAUAAAGCUGUUCUUUAGUCAA